CUAGGUUCCGCGACGCAGCUUCACUACUGAGGGUCUUGGCUUACCCCCGCCGUCUCGACCACAUACCACAUGGCGGUGAAGGACCUGGUGGGACUCUUUGAAUCGCGCUCUAAACUCGACACAAGCCCAUCUCCCUCGCCUCCUCGGUCGAGAGAGCGCAAAGUGUCACAUGGUCCUAGGACGCCAACAGGGCUACCUCCGAGGUCGGUCGAAACCGUCGCGGAUAUCCCGACACCUUCUCCGGCGAAGUUCCUUGCCCAUCCUCUGCUACGACGGCGAGAACCAAGCUCGGCAGACCAAGAAGAUGACCCUAUCCUCACCGAUCCGACCGUAUCUGGGAGCUCUACCCUCUCCAAUGACUUCUCGCGUACUGAGGAGGACCUUGGCCGAUCAGCCACCGUGGUAGACGCGGACGUCACGGACGAGCUUAACGGGUCGCGGCGCCAUCACGAGAACAUAGGUCAAAGCAGCUCUUUAGCUCGCUCUUCCGGCUGGGUGAAGAGUUCUAGCACGGUUCUCGACGACGGUUCAGCCAUCGAGCUCAAUCCGCUCUUGCCGAGUGCGCCCCGCUCCAGCUCUCGCCCACGCUCUGCAACAGUAGUCAAAGCACACUAUUCCUCGAGCUCUACCACCACUCUCGUUUCGCCUGCCCAUAACCUCGGACCUCAUUCUCCAAUAGCCCUCUCUCAAAUACUGGCUCGGGAUGCCGCGCCUGUGUCUCUGCCUCAGCUGGACGAAUAUAUCUCGUCUAUGGACAUGCCAUCCUUCCCUGAGUGCCACAGCCAGGACGGUGGUCAGGGCAAGGGCAAAGGGAAGGCACCCGCUGUGGCCAUGUUCCCUCCCUUGGAGCGUUUGACUGGGACUACGCUGGCCGACCUCGAGAGUAAUGCGAAGAUACCCCCGGCGUGGAGGAAUAGACAGUCCAUCUUUGGGUCUCUGCUGAACGUCGCUCUUGGUGUUACUGGUUCGAGCGCCAUUGCCCCAUUCUACAGCGUACAAGGCUUAAUCGACACAUUGCAAAUAUUCGCGCUGAUUUUGAGCACCUUCUUUUCGCAUGGGGUCAAGCCAGAGGAGCACUGGCGGACUCUAUUUCUGCAAACGAUCCCGAACGUGCUCGCGCUGAACCUUGCUUCUAACCUCGUGCAGUCGCUCGCUUUGCUUGUGAUACUGAUGACGAUUGCCGGCGUCCUGCUGUUUAUCUGGCUGAGAAUGACCCACGCUUGCUGCUCGGUCACUGUACCUGAGGGAUUGCAGGCUACGAAAUACCUCAGGAACUCUUGGGCCGUCGUGAUCGUCACGUUUGUUCUCACAGUGAUAUACCUUCCACUGAGCACUAUGGCGGUCCACGUCCUUGUUUGGUCCGAUGACCUCUGGGCUGUCCCCAACCCCUACACCGGCACGACUACCGAUUUGACUCCUGAGCCCUUGGGGCCCUCCGACGAGUUCAGAGACCCAUUGGACUUCUGCUACACCACUACCAUGCUACGAAACGAGGUCAACUGGGCACCGGUCAUAGUCAUUCUUGCCAUUGCAUCCUUCGUCGGGUUGACUGUUUGGUUUCCUAUCCAACUGUACACGGCCCUGCGCCGUGUCACACCCAAAGUGGAUCGCUUCACCGAGCUUGGCGCACCCCGAAGCAAUAGCGACAUGGACCGCGAAUACCAACGACUGCUGGGACGCGACCGCAAUCCCCUCAAUUUCCUCUAUGGUGGAUUUCGGAGAGGUUGGGCGACGUACGAGUCGACGUACCUGUUUGCCAAGCUCACCACUCUGCUGCUGACCGCCGUCAUCAACCCGGACAACUGUCUGUUCCGAAAUGCCCCUCGCGAGAAGGUCUCGGUCGCGCGCCAGAUACUAUUGCUCAUAGCCAUGCUUAUCUUCUUUGCACUCCAAUGCAUCUACGCUCCCUUCUUGGAUCCCGUCAACAACGCUAGCGAAUGGACAUCGCGCCUGAACUAUGUCUUGACAUCUGCUGUAUCUCUUGCUGUCGCACUCAAUAUACCCGGCCAGGAUAUCUUUAAUGGACCAGUGCUCUACGUAAUCUACGUGAUAACUUAUGGAUUCAGUUUCUACUUCAUUUUCAUCAACAUGAGUAUCGUCCGCCGGCUGGUCAAGAGACUGGCUCGUAGGAUCGAUUUUAGCAUCGAUAUAUUUUCCCCUCGCCUCGAUAUAUCUUCGACAUCACCACAUACCAAGCGUCGCAUAUGGCAGGAAGCGAUAUCCACACUUCUGCUCACAGAUGAAGAGAGCCGGAUGCCAAAGACGCAGAAGAUGGAGUAUAAGCAGGCCCGUGAUGGCGAGUAUCCCCCGUACUUGCUGCAUUUCGCCGGCACCCCUGCCGAGAGGCACGUCGAGAAUCUGAAGAUUCUCCGCGAAGUAGGCGCCGUCUCCUACGCUAAAGCAGUCGCCCUGGUCUCUGGUCCGGAUUACGAGUGGUUCAAACAUCUCGAAGAAACCAUACAGCUCCACUUCGUCGGACCGGACUCGUACUGGAAACCUCACGGCACUGCGCCGCGCAAUUGCACGCGGUUCUUUGGGAACGCGUGGUGGGUUCCCUUCCCGCCUGCGUUGGUCAUGCGGUACGACGACGGUCCCGAGGUGGUCUUGAGUGAAGUGCGCGACCUCGAGCACUAUGUUCACCAGAACUCAAGCGAGGACAUCGCGCGUAAGCGGCAACUGCGCAUGGCUCUACGGGCUCUGGACGGGCAGAUCGUCCGAUGGCCGUACGACCACAUCCAGUACGUCGGAGACCGUGAAACCUUCUGCUGUUGUGGCAAGCGUUACGCGGCGCAAACCUCCAUCCAUUACCAGUCGUGCGUCUUCCACCUGAAGCGGCGCGGCGAGGUGCGGUGGGAGGGGCUCGAACUAGGCAGCGGCUUCGACGUCGAGAUGACCUACGCAAAGAAGGUCCAAGUCAGCGGGGCGGUCAUCGGUCUCACGGACGACUACGAGCUCACCCAGCCCCUCGCGCACUUCCUCGCCAUGAACGAGCCCCUCAUCCCCACCCGCCUGGCCUACAUCGAAGCGGCGCUGCACAACUACCGCCACCACUUCCGGAAGGAGGCCCGGUGGAAGCGCGAGACGCUCUCGUACCGCUUCCUCACGAUGGUGUACGACCAGCCGCGCGACCCGCGCGGGCUGUCGGAGAGCGCGAUCGAGUGGGAGCGCGACCCGCGCGUGCGCAAGCUCAUGGCGAGCAACGUGAACAUUUUUGAGAUCACGUACGACCGCCUGUGCGCCGUCGGCAGCUCGGAGCUGGCGACCUGGUGGUAUAUCUUCUGGGAUGACUUGUGGCGGCGCAACUGGGACGCUAUCGGUGGUCUGGAGAAACACGCGGCGGACUUCAACCCCCAUUACCCUACUUCCAUCGCAUAUACCCCGCUCCCGCGCGCAGCGCUGGAGAGCUUUUUGACUCAGCGUGGUCUGCUCCACAAGAAGCCGAAGUUUGGCGACUUCUUCCAUGCUGGUUUCUUGAACAAGCUGUACCUCCGCAUGAACGACAUCGUCUUCCACGGCUCAGAUAACGCUAUCAUCUUCCACCUCGGCGACGACGCGUCGGAGCUGGACAUGGAAGAGAUCGACCUGCAGACGCUCCCGCGCCCGUCCACGCUCGGCACGGGCGGCGGCACCGACCACGACGACGGCUCGAUCCGCGCGCGCCCCGCCUACCGCUGGGAGGGCAUCCUCGAGGACCCGCUCACGACGCGGCGCAAGCACAAGAGCCACCGGCGGCGGUUCCUGUCGAAGUUCGCGGUGUGGUUCGGGCUGAGCCCGCUCUGGCGCACGGGCGAGCCGUCGCAGGGGCUGGCGCUGGAUGUACGGCUGGAGAACGGGAAGUACAUCCUGUUGGAGGAUGCGGUGGACGGAGGGGUGGUGCGGAGGGACAUGAAGGGCAGUGCUAGUAUACCCAAGGACAUCUGAUGUCCUGCAUAAUGACAUUCACGAAUCAC